CUCAAAUCCCGCCAAAUAUCAAUAACAACCGAAGAAGCUGCACUGUUAUGAUAAAGUCGGUAAAAGCGGUGAAGCGAAAGUGUUUGGGUGAAGUGUGCCAGCGGGUGCGUGUUGGGCGUCUGAGCGCGCGAUGGCUAAGCGAAAGGACCCGCGGCGAUCCGAAGACCUGUCGGAGAUGGUGGUCUCGUGCGAGUGGGGCUCGUGUUCCUAUAAAGGCACGCGUAUGGAGGACCUGAGUGAACACAUGGCAGAACACCUGAAGGAACACCUGGGAGACGGAGACACAAUGGAGGAACUAGAUGAUUACCCAUGCCAGUGGCGCGGUUGUGAGUUCCUGGCCAUGGGGAACCCGCGAGAGCUGAUGCUGCACGCCCAUUUCCACCUCUUCCACUCCAAGCUCAUGUACAUCGGAGGCAUACAACUGCAGAGACACCCGCAGGCCACCUGUAGACAAGAGAUGAACAGCAACAAUCUGAUCACGGACCUGGGGGAGGCCUUCAUCUGCGAAUGGGAACACUGUGAUAGCACAUUUAACAAUCCAGAGUGGUUCUAUCGUCAUGUGGACAUGCAUGCCCACUGCACCAACCUCCAGCCCCUACCAGACCGACAACGGGUCCUAUUCUGCAGCUGGAAAGGCUGCGAGGCCUUCUUCAAGAUAAAGUACCGGCUGCGUGAGCACCUGCGCAGCCACACCCAGGAGCGCCUGGUGGCCUGUCCCACAUGUGGAGCCAUGUUCUCAUCUAAUACCAAACUAUUCGACCACCUGCAGCGGCAAGCACAGCCAGACGAGUCGUUGGUGUGUGAACACUGUGAUAAGACCUUUGCCAAUGAGCGGCUACUGAGAGAUCACGUACGACAACAUGUGAACCACAUCAAGUGUCCUCUGUGUGAUAUGACGUGCACGUCGCUCGGCACGUUGAAGAUCCACAUCAAGUUCCGACACUGUGACGACCGACCCUACGCAUGUGACUUCUGCGAGAGCUGUUUUAAGAACCUGCAUGACCUGCGUAAGCACAUGGAGACCCAUAAUGAGGGGGCAGCGUAUCACUGCAACGUAGAGGGCUGCGACUACUCCUCACGCAUGUCCAACAGCAUGAGGCAGCACUACAGACGCGUACACGAGGAUUCGCUGGUCUCCAGGUAUAAGUGUCAUCUGUGUGAUAAGACCUUCUCCUGGUGCUACACACUCACACUUCACCUGCGCAAGAAACACCAACUCAAAUGGCCCUCAGGACACGCACGCUUCAGGUAUAAGAAGGCGGAUGACGGCUACAUGGUUUUGAAUAUGGUUCGCUACGAGACGGUGGAGGUGACGCAGGAGAUCAUGAAGAACAUGGCGGCCAAGAAGAGGACUCCCCGUAAGCCGAUUGGUCCUCAGGGGAGCAGCAGUCCUCCCGCUACUGGCCGCCCACGAGCCAAACGCUCCGCCCGAAACCGUAACCGCUCCCCAAGCCCCGCCUCCUCACUCACUGACCAAUCAGAGCAGCCGUCCUCCCCCGAGCCCUCGCUGUCUGACGACUCGGAAGCCUCGACACCGCAGCAGGAGGAGGUGGAGGAGGAGGGGCCUGUGUACUGCAUGCUGAGCAGCGUCCAAGCAGAGGAGCAGGAGGAAGAGGGGUCAUGUGACCAGAGGGAGGGGCCAGAUGAUGAGGAUCAGGGGGAGGAGUCAGGACCACCGGGCCAGUCAGGAGCUGAGAGGGCAUUGGCUGCCGUGGCCAGGGGGCUGGGCAUGGACAUAGUGUGAGGACACACGUGUGUGUGUGUGUGUGGGUUUAGGUUCACUCUUGAACAGUUUUCAGGUACACACACAAGUACACGCUCAAGUUGAUUGAUAACUGUGAGAUUAGAAAUGUGACCAUGUAUACUCUGAGCCUCCUCAGUUCUACACACACACAUUGGACUGGACUGGACCUGUAGUGUGUGUGUGUGUGUGUGUGUGUGUGUGUGUGUGUGUGUGUGUGUGUGUGUGUGUGUGUGUGUGUGUGUGUGUGUGUGUGUGUGUGUGUGUGUGUGUGUGUGUGUGUGAGUGAGAGAGUAUGAUGAAGCCUAAGAAGCGGGACCACAGAGCCUCACAUUAAUGUUCCACCACACCUCAGGAGAUUACAGAGAACAUACACACACACACACACUGGUAAAACAAACUAACAGGCAAAAAUGUUACACUGGCAUUUGUUUACACAUUUUUUUAAACUUUUCGUAUCAGUUUGUUCUUUAUAUGAGUUGUUAAUAUUCUCCUGCUAUGUCUGUGUAAGGUCAGUGUGGCCAUCACCGUCUGUGUAAGGGCAAGGAAGCAUAUUGUUGCUUUGAACAAGCACUCCUUUGAUGGAAAGGGAGUGAGCAGAUCAAAUCAGAAAUAAAUAGGAUUUCAAAAUAUAGGUCCUGAAUGAACUAUAAAUAAACCUGAUUUCAAAAUAAAA